AUGAGCCUGCCUCGUUCAAGGGGACGAUCUCCGAGGACCGGCCACGAGGAGAGGGCCCGAGAGCCGCUGCGCUUCUACCAGCAGACCAGGGACAACAAAGACCUCGUCAUGCUCGUCAUCUCUUGCAAGUUCGUGGAGGUUAUGAAUGAGUGGCUGGUCAUCAAGCGGCUCCCGCACGUGGUCAGGCUGUCGGCGAACAAGUGGUGCGUGUUCUGGAUGCGGGUCCAAAACUUCGAGGGGCACAUGGUGCUUGGCCGGGGCGGGAACUACUUCUGCCGCCGCCACCAGAUUGUCCUCGGCAACCUCAUUGUUGUGCGCAUCUCAGGACUCCGCCUAAAUUUCGAAAUGCAGCUUGGCCACACCGUCUUGCACGCGCACCACGACACCGCCGCUUGCAUCGGUGUCGCGGCCGGCGAGGGCUGGUGGUGCAGGUUCCCGGCCGUGUUCAACUUCAGCGACUCCAACUCCGACACAGGCGGCUUCUGGGCCGCCUUCCUGGUGCAGCCGACCCCGUUCGGUGUCACCUACUUCGGUUGGCCCGCCGGCCGCCUCGUCAUCGACUUCAUAGCUCAGGCCAUGGGGCUGCCGCUGCUGAGCCCCUACCUGCGGUCCGUCGGCUCUGACUUCCGGCACGGCGCCAACUUCGCCACUCUCGCCUCCACGGUGUUGCUUCCCAACACGUCGCUCUUUGUCACCGGCAUCAGCCCCUUCUCCCUCGCCAUCCAGCUUCUUCAGAUGAAGGAGAUCCGCCUUCUUGUACCGCGUCUUCACCAUGGCCCAGGGCAACUUCCCCCGCCCGACAUUUUCGGCAAUUCUCUGUACACGAUUGACAUUGGCCAAAAUGAUUUCACCUCUAACCUAGGGUCACAGAGCAUCGAGAGUGUCAAGCAAACGCUUCCUUCAGUUAUCACCCAGAUCUCGUGGGCUAUACAGGACUUGUACAACAUCGGGGCUCGCAAAUUCAUGGUGUUCAACAUGGCACCAAUCGGGUGUUACCCAGCUUUUCUCGUGGAGCUUCCGCAUAGCAGCAGUGAUCUUGAUGAGUAUGGCUGCAUGACAAGUUACAAUAGCGCGGUUGUCUACUACAAUGAACUGCUGAACAACAGCUUGACCGAGGUUAGGAAGACGCUGCAGAAUGCGUCAAUCGUGUAUGUCGACAAAUACUCUGCCAUGCUCGAGCUGUUCAGGCAUCCAGAAGAUCAUAGGCUCAAGUAUGGGACCAAGGCCUGCUGCGGAUACGGUGGUGGAGCUUACAAUUUUGACCCAGAUAUGUACUGUGGCACCAACAAGAUUGUGAAGGGCAACAUCGCAAGUGCGAUAGCCUGCGGAGACCCGCAGAACUACGAGAGCUGGGAUGGAAUCCAUGCCACUGAAACUGCAAACUUGUUAGAUUAA